AUGUUGACUAAAAAAGUUUCUUCAGGAGAAAAUUCAAUUUUUAAUUACGAUAAUAUAAACAAGAAAUUUAUUAUUAAAGGUGAAGAUGUUAGUGAUGGUGAUAAUGAUGAGGAGGAUAGUGAUGAGGAGGAGUUAUGGUUAAUUAAAUUGCCAGGAAAUGUUAAUAAAUCAGAUUUUAAAGGGUUAACGAUUAAAUUACCGGAAGAAGAUAAGGCAAAAUUUAAGAAAACAAUAUCAGGUGAUGAGUACAGUUUAAAAAAAGAACGAUAUGAAUUUGAAGUGUUUCAACUUUUUAUUAGUAAUAGUAAUAAUCAAAUAACAUUAUCAAAUCAUAAAUUAACGUUAAAAACAAUGAAAGAAUUUGAAAUCUUAUUACCAAAUCCUAAAGGAGCAGAUGGUGGUUUGACAUUAUCAAAAAGAAAACCAGAUCGUUACUUUAAUGUGCAGCUUAAUUACAAUCUGUCCAAUACUAAAAAUAAAAUUAAUAAUGGUGUUGAUAAAGAGGGUAAAAGUGAUAAUAUGUUGUCAAAAAUACCCGAGCAUCCACCAGAAAUAUAUAUUGAAAGAAAAAUCGUAACACCAUAUCAAGAAAUCAGGCAAGAAUAUAUGAAAUGUUAUGAAGCUGAACAUAAUAAAUAUUUAGAGAAGUUAGAAAAGAAAUGGAAGAUUAGUAGAUGGAAUAAAAGAUUUAAAAAACAUCUUAAUGAAGAGAAAAAAGAAAUGAAGAAAUGGCGCAAAGAAUUUCAAAAUGCUGUAAUGAACUCACAAAAAGAAUUUUAUGAGAAACUUGGAGAACUUAAAUUGGAGGGGAAGGAAGUUAAAAAGGAAGAGGAGGAUGAUACUAAUACUUGGCUAGAAAAUUUAAAACGUAAAUUGGAUGAUGAUGAUGAUGGAUUCGAACAAUUAUUAAAUCUAAAGAAAAAUCAAGAAAAGAAACGGGUUAGAAAGGAAAAGGAAGAGCAAACAAAAGCAUUAGAAACUUGGAGACUUGAAUAUUCUGGUCUACCUAGAUAUAAACCACCAGAAACAUGGUGGGCAAAAAAGAGAGAUAAGAUCAUGAAGGAAGCCAUGAAGAAAAUUCCACCAAAGAAGCAAAAAUAA